GAGGGCAGGGAGGAGGCCAGAUCAAAGGAAGAGCCGAGAGGCCAGCCCUCCGGGGAGGGCGGGGGACAUCCCGGGCGCAGACCCCGAGAGCAGUGCCGGUGCCCCUCCCGGGGCUCAGGCAGGAGAGGGCGGCGCGCCGCCCGCCCCCACCCCGUGUGCCCCGGAGACCAGGCCUGAGCCACCGCCCCCCAACUUCCCGCCCCUGAAGGAGGCGAAGCCGGGACCCAAUAAAGGCCGGAGCGGGUCCGGAGGCGCGGAAGCGCGGGUGGAGGGACUUCAGCCGGACAGGAUGCCCGGGCUCCCUGGCAGAGCGCGGCUCCUCCUCGGCGUGGUGCUGCUGACGGCGCUGCUGGAGGAGGGGCGGGGGCUCCCCAUGAAGAAGCCGUGGGGUCCCUGGCUCCGACCUCGGAGGCACGCGAGGCUAUCAGAGGUCUCAGCCUCCCCUGAUCACAGCUCUCCUGGGGAAGAGGAGCAGCCGCCACCUUUCCCAGGAACCCGCCUCCAGGCGGGGCCACACGCGGCUCUGACCCUGGAAGGGGCGGCCUUUGCUGGGGCCCAGGAGGACACUCCCUUGCUGCCGGAGCUGCAGAAGCUGCCAGGAGUGGCCAACACAGACUUGAGUACCCCAAACCCCAAUGUCCAGGUGACCAUCGAGGUGGUGGAGGACCCCCAGGCCCAGGUGCACAUGGACCUGUUGGCUGAGCCAAGCAGUCACGGGCUCCAGGGCGCCCCCAGCUGGCAGCCUACCAAGGAGCUCUUCUGGCCCCUCUUCUGGAGCUACACGGAGGGUGAGGAGGCGGGUUCCAGUCUCAAGGGCAGCGUCCCAGGGGACGAGGAGGACUACCCUUCAGAGUAUAGUGAGGAGGAGGAGGAGGACUACCCUUCAGAGUACGAAGAAAGGGAGGCCCAGGAGAGCAACGACGAGGAAGAUGACGACAAGGAGAAGGCUGGGUUCAGUGGGGCCACAGGCCGCUGGGAGCAAGGCUGGCUAGCCCCUCGGAACUGGGACUUCAAGCUGCUGGACAGCUACGGUGCCAAGGCCAAGGAGCCCUUGGGUUUCCGCAGUGAGGAGGGGCAUCCCCUGAUCUACAAUGCCACGGACAUGCUCGGCCCAGAUGUGGACAGCUGUGAGAAGUGGCUGAACUGCAGGAGCGACUUCCUCGCCCAGUACCUGAGCCAGGUGCUGCGGGACCUGCCCAGCUGCCCGUGCACAUACCCGCUGGAGGCUGCGGAUGAGGCCGUGAGCCUGCGGGACGAGCACCAGGGCCGCAGCUUCCAGUGGAAGGACGCCAGUGGCCCGAGAGAGCGCCUGGACGUGUACCAGCCCACGGCCCGCCUCUGCCUGCGCUCCCUGCUGUCCGAGGGCAGCAGCACCCCGGCCGCCCAGCACUGCUGCUACGAUGCGGGCGGCCGGCUGCUGACCCGCGGCAAGGGCGCCGGCGCGCCGGACCUGGUCAGCACCGACUUCUCACCUGAGCUGCACUUCAAGGUGGACAAGCAGCCCUGGAUCCUGUGCAAGGGCGACUGGAGCCGCUACCACGCCGUGCGGCCCCCCAACAACGGCCGGGCCUGUGCUGACAACCCUCCUGAGGAGGAGUUCCUGGCCCAGCUGCAGGAGGCCAAGGAGUACUGACUGAGGAGGCGGCCACUGGCUGGGGUACUUUGCUAGCGGCCCCUCAGCCUGUGAACCCAGGCGGGUCAGCACCCGAGUGUCGGGUUGGGCUGGAGAGAAGGUUGGGAGCACAGGCCCCAGGGUGCGGGGCAGGAGCCCGGGCCUGAGGCCUGGGGGUGCAGUGGGGAUCUCUGUCUGUGGGGCCUCCCUCUCCUGCCCGCGAGGAGGCGCUCUCCCUGCCUGGCCGCUCAUGCUCCUGCCCUCCCCUGAGCCCGGCUCCCCUGCCCUGGGUCUGCUCAGCCUUGUGAGCCAGGCCCUCGGGCUGCCACACACGGCCUGGUCCCCAGGACCUGUGGCGACUUGCUCAGACCCCCAGCCCUGAGAGCCAGCCCUUCGCUGCAGCCUCCCCACAGCUGCCCCUUGUCAGCCCUGGGCAACCAGCCCUCUGCUGUCUCCGAGGGGCUGCACCUGGCCCUCUUGCCCACCCCCCCCCACCUGCUGGGAGCCACCGAGCAGAAAGCUUCUCCCGGGCUGGGAGCUGCCCUUCAGUGGACACCACUUCAGUCCGGGACUGAAGGCUACCAGUGGACAGACGGGCUGGGGCGGCCAAGCCAAGGAAGGCUACAGGUGGGGAAGGGACCACCCAGUUCAGGCCCCUUCGUCCAGCCCACCUCCGUUUUGUCCAGGUUGCCCGAGUGGGCAGGGCUGGGAGAGGGCACCGCCCCAGCUGUCAUGGCGGCCAGGCUUGGGGUGGACUGAGAACCAGCUCAGGAGUGUGCCACGCCCCUGUGGUGUGCCGGCAAAGCAGUCCCCUGGGAAGGGGGCCCCUCCUGCGGUGUAGACACUCCUGCUGUGACCCCCUUGGGGCUCCCACAGCGACGGCACCAGAGGCACUGAGCUCAGAGCGGAGCAGAGACACACACAGUCCGGUCUCCCAGCACAGCUCGCAGCCCUUCCUGCCUCUGUGCGGCCCGACCCGCACUUCUUGCCUUCUAUGGGGUGGAAAUGCUGAAGUCCCCAAGGUCCCUGUCCACAAAGGCCUCCUCCGCAAGGUAGGGGACUUCACUCCCAGCCCCUGGACAGCUGCCCGGAAGCUCUCCGGGACCCUUGGCAAUAAAGCACUUUAGUUUCCA